UACUUCUAAACCCCAAAACCAAAACUUUGAAGCCCUUCCAGUGAUGAAAUUAUCUGUUCUCAUCCGAACCGGUUCCAUUGGUCUCUCCGGCUCUCCCAGAGUCUCCCUCUCGCGAACCGACUCGCUUUCCGGCGUCUUGUCCGGCGAGAAGAUCAGCAACGUCGCCACGUCUCCGAGGAUUUGCCUCCACUUGGACGUCAACCGCAGCCGCGACAAGGACACUAUUCGGCGAGCUGUAUCCGAGAGCAACAUUCUACGAUCGGACUCCGGUGAAGCGAGGUAUAUCCCGUCCGGAAGCAGGUCGCCGGAAAGUGGGAUUCCGGAAGAGGAGAUGGGAAGCAAAACGGUGACGAUCGAAAGAGAAGAGCGGAGAAAGAUGGUAGAGUAUUAUCAGGAGAUGCUCAAGUCUAAUCCGAGUGAUCCUCUGCUGCUCAGAAACUACGGUCAAUUCCUGCACGAGGUGGAGAAGGAUAUGGUGCGAGCUGAGGAGUGCUAUUGCAGAGCCAUAUUGGCGAGUCCCGGAGACGGCGAGUUGUUGUCGCUGUACGCGAAGCUGAUAUGGGAGAGUCAGAGGGAUAAGGAUCGGGCCAAUUCUUACUUUAACCAGGCUGUUUCGGCUUCACCCAACAAUUGCAUGGUUUUGGGAUCCUUUGCGAGCUUCAUGUGGGAAGUAGAGGAAGAUGAAGAAGACGAUGAAGAAAUCAACAGUAAUAGUACAACUGCUCAAGUCUCAUCAGCAGCUCAGCUUGUUCCAGCAUUUUAGCAGGAACUUGAUGUCUAUCACAGUUUGUUGCGCCAAGUUACAUCGGGAUAAUGGUUUAUGAGAAAAGGCUUUUUAGCGUUCUACUGUAAACACUAACUAAAGCGAAGAACAAUAAAUAAAUAGCUAUGCUAAUAGAGCUUCUAGGUACGAAUCUACGUACCUCUAUCAGCUCAAAUCUCUAAGAAAUAGUUAAGUACGUGAAAGACUAGUCUUCAAGAGGAUAAGAGUAGGAGAGUUCAUCGAUCUCUUCUCUAUGUAAACAUUGCAUUUGAUUUUCUGCUUUCUUUGUAAAUUUUUCCGGUCAAUAUAAACUAAUCUAUACUAUUAUUAAGAAAA